UGAAAUCUUCCAAAUCCAGUGUGUGUAUUUCACCCAUCGCAUCUCAGCUGGGACUGGCCACAUUUCUAGUGCUCUGCAGCCACCUGUGGCUGGCGGCCACCUCCUUGGCGACGGUCCCCUACCAAGGACCUAAAGCAGCCCAGCCAUUCACCUCCUACCGCCUUACCUAUUUCAUCUGCUUUGCAGCCCCUACUAGUUUUACUUGCAAAGCUCUGGUUUGCCUGUCUCUUUUGUGACAAGGACUCACCCUGAAUGGUGCCAGGAUAGGACAGACAUUCAAUAAGCGUCCAUCCCUUCUUGAAUCCGUGCCCAGCAGACAUCGGGAACCUGGGCCGUCCUCUCACCCUCCGGGGCUGCCCUCGCCCUUCCUUUCCCAGGCCGGUCCCUGGAAUGUGGCUGGAAACCGUGGACGUGACUGGGAGGAGUCUGGCCUCCUCGGGUUUCGCGCGGCGCGCACAGGGACGCGGCCGCCGGCCAUGGCGGACCUCACGGUGUGCUCCUUCCUCACCAAGGUGCUGUGCGCCAACGGCGGCCGCAUGUUCCUGCAGGACCUGCGCGGCCACGUGGAGCUGUCGGAGGCGAAGCUCCGGGACGUGCUGCAGCGGGCCGGGCCCGAGCGCUUCCUGCUGCAGGAGGUGGAGAUGAAGGAGGGCCUCUGGGACGCCGAGGCGGAGGCGGCGGCGGGCGCGGGCGGCGCGGGCAGCGGCGGCGGCGCCUCGGCCUGGAGGGUGGUGGCCGUGUCCUCCGCGCGCCUCUGCGCCCGCUACCAGCGCGGGGAGUGCCAGGCCUGCGACCAGCUGCACUUCUGCCGACGGCACAUGCUGGGCAAGUGCCCCCACCGCGACUGCUGGUCUACCUGUACCCUUUCUCAUGAUAUCCACACACCUGUCAACAUCCAAGUCCUGAAAAACCACGGGAUUUUUGGCCUCAAUGAAGCCCAGCUUCGGAUCCUGCUUUUGCAGAAUGACCCCUGCCUUUUGCCAGAGGUCUGUUUGCUGUACAACAAAGGUGGGGAUCCCCUGUAUGGUUACUGCAACCUCAAGGAUAAAUGCACCAAGUUCCACGUGUGCAAAGCCUUCGUCAGGGGAGAGUGCAAGCUGCAGACCUGCAAACGGUCCCAUCAGCUCAUUCAUGCUACAGCCCUGAAGUUGCUUCAGGAGCAAGGACUGAGUAUUCCAAGUGUCGUUAAUUUUCAGAUCAUUUCUGCCUACAAGCAUAUGGAGCUGCACAAGAUGCUUGAAAACAAAGAUAACUCAGCUACUGAGUGUUCACAGGGCCUUGAAAAACAGAGAACACAGGAGGCCAGGGCUGGAGAAGGCAGGCCUCUGGUCCCCCUCCCUACUCAGUCAGCCAGGAAGCCCUGCCCAGGUAAACCGUGAAGGGCACCAGUGAAGCAAGAAGCUUGUUCAUCUUGGAAGACCUGAAAGCAAGUCUUCUGCUGAGCUUCAGUUUGUAACCAUUUGUUCUUUUAGUCAUUUCUUAAUAAUGGUCAUCAAUAGCUACCUCACAGCUUAUUGUGAGAGCUAAAGGUGGGAGGAUAAAAUUUGGCAUGGGUGGCUGGGGAUGAGGUUGGACAUGAAGCAGGCAAAGAGAAGGUAAAAUUUGAGCGCAGAGGGUUCAGUCCAGGGCAAAUCCUGAAGAUGCAGCUUCUGCAGUUCCUGAGCAUCUUCCCCAGCCUGGGCAGAUGGAGCUCUUCAAGUGGUAAAUUUCUGCUGACUUCUGUGGUCUGACCAAUGAUUUUGUCCAUGUAAUCAGUUUACAUAGAUCCAUACGCUUUGCACGGUUUUCUGCUUAGGCAUUUCAUAAGUAUCAUUCCAUUUUGUUCACAUUGAUCACACAUAAUCUUUUUUUUGCACAGAUACAUUAAUAUAUCAUAGUUCAUCUACCUCCCUUAUUCUGGGAUAUUUCAACUCUUAACAAAUUUUGAAUUUAUCUUUCUAUAAAAUAUACACAGUAUUGAAUUUGUAAAGCCAUGCUUUACUUUUGCUUAGCUUACAGGUGCUAAAUGAUAAUGUGUUUUGGUUUGCAUUUCUCUAAAUGUAUGUGAGUGAAUAGUAUUAACUGCCUUGUGUGGGUUCUCUUUUGUGUACUGUAUAUGUGGCCUUUUAUUGCUGGGCCCUCUGGGCCGACAUGGAGCUCCGUGAUUUCAUAAAAGAAUGUCAUCCAUACUGUGUCCAAGUUUUGUGCAUCCAUCCUUGGCCUGCACCACAGACUAUGUAACCUUUGGGUUCCUGUCAAAAAUUUCUACCUCAGCCUGUCUAUUUUUUAUCUUUUAUUGAGCUUUUGCUAAGCCCAGCUGCUAUAGUUUGAAGGAUGGGUAGUUCAUCCAUUACUCUGUAACUCUUCUUUCUGUGGAUGCAGAUGGACCAAGAAAAAUCUACCUGCUUCACCCAUUUCAUGUGGACUUCCCUCUUCCUCCCCGUUCCCUCUUCUGUCUUCUCCUGUGUAUCCUGCUGUCUUUAUCAAGUUAGUGUAGAUGUCACGUUCUUUGUUUUUAUCAAGGGGUACCACAGAGGCAGGUGUAUGAAUCCUUUGCUGUGUGUAUUUUAGUCAUAUUUCCAAAUGUCCUUGUGUAAAGUACUUUCUUAAUUUUUUUUUUUGCAAUAACACAAUGUGAGAAAAAGGGACAAUAUAGUAGCUUUUAUAAAACUAAAUUUAUUUAAUUUUGAGAAAACUUAUGUUUUCAUUUUGAGAAAAACUGAAAUGCUCUUCUAUUGAGUUGGGGGAAUGCAAAAAUGUUUUCAAGUGAUAAAUUUCUGUGUUUUCUCCUAAAAGGGCAAUAUGAUUCAUAUAACUUAUGAUAGUUUUUUUUACUGUUGUUGUCAACAACAGUAUUUCUGAAAAGCCUGAUGUUCUGCAUAUUUUGUUUUUUCUUUCUUUAUUAUUUUUUUCCUAGUUCUGAUUUUUCCU